AUGAUAGCAAACCUAUUCGCAUCCUUUGAUCCCUCAACAAACUGAAAUACUUCAAUAAACUGAACAAGAAUUAUAAUUGGAAUUUUAAUUAUUCCCCCUUCAUUUUGAUUAACACCAUCUCGAAAUAAUAUUUUAUGAAAUAAAAUUUUAUUAACUUUACAUAAAGAAUUCUUAACUCUUCUUGGCCCCAAAAAUAAAACUCUAACACUCAUCUUUAUUUCAUUAUUCAGACUAAUUCUAUUUAACAAUUUCCUAGGAUUAUUCCCCUACAUUUUUACUAGAACUAGGCACAUGGUAAUAACUUUAUCGCUAGCUUUACCUUUAUGAUUAACCUUCAUGUUAUUCGGAUGAAUUAAUAAUUCCAUUCAUAUAUUUGCCCACCUAGUUCCACAAGGGACACCUCCAGUUCUUAUACCUUUUAUAGUAUGUAUCGAAACAAUUAGAAACCUAAUCCGGCCAGGAACAUUAGCUAUUCGUUUAUCAGCAAAUAUAAUUGCAGGCCAUUUACUAAUAACCCUUCUAGGAAACACCGGGACAACAAUAUCAAUUUAUCUUGUAAACAUUCUCAUCAUUAUUCAAAUCCUUCUUCUAACCUUGGAAUCAGCCGUAGCAAUCAUUCAAUCUUAUGUAUUUGCUGUUCUAAGAACCCUAUACUCAAGAGAAGUAAACUAA